AUGCCCACGUUCAGCUUGACAUUAAUUCGACAUGGGGAGACGCAGUACAACAGAGACAAACUUCUACAAGGUCAAGGCGUGGACACACUGUUGUCAGAGGCAGGUGCACUGCAGGGACAGGCUGUGGGGCAGUACCUACGGGACAUUCCGUUCAACUACGUGUUUGUAAGCAACCUCCAGCGGGCUGUACAGACAGCCGAACUCAUUCUGAGGAAUAACACGCACUGUUCUAGCGUCAAGAUGGUUUUGGAGCCUUUACUCAGGGAGAAGAGUUUUGGCAUUGCUGAAGGGCGUCCUAAGGAGAGCCUGAAGAACAUGGCCAAUGCUGCUGGACAGUCAUGUCGGGAUUUCACUCCCCCUGGGGGGGAGACCUUUGACCAGGUGAAAACUCGCUUCAAAAAGUUUCUUUCAGUCCUUAUCCACCAACUUGCUGAACCUAAAACCCUUGAGUUGUCAGAACAGGAAGCUGCUGCAACAUCUAAAAGUGGAGAUGACCCAGACAGCGCCCCCUGGGGGUCACCUGUUGAUGGACUAGAGGGGGUAUCUGUCCAUGUUCUUGUGGUCAGUCAUGGGGCUUAUAUACGUAUAGCCAUAAAGCACAUGAUUGAUGACUUGAACUGCUCACUGCCUUAUGGGGCAAAGAUGUCCCAAGUCUUCUCUCCGUGUCCAAACACUGGAAUAACCCGCUUCCUCAUCACUCUGGAGCCCUCAGAGUCCGGCCCAGUGCUUUCUGCUGCCCAGUGUGUCUUUGUCAACAGACAGGACCAUCUGCAAAACAUGGAGGCUGUGAAACUGUUGUGA